UAAAGCAGUUUGGGCGGCCCGCGCCAGAGACCGUGCCGGGCGAGGAGGAGAGGUCCGGAGAGCGGGCGAGGCAGGCCCAGAGCAGCCUGAGUCCGCGCCACAGUCCCUGCGGGACCCGAGCCGGCCGCCGCUCCUCCGGAUCCCGGCGUCCUUCUCCGGCCGCUUCGCGAAGAGGGCGCUGCCGCUGCCUGCCCAGACCGGAGGGCGCUCGGGUCCGCUGGGGGCCGCGCUCGCCGCUCUCCGGCCCGCCGGGCAGCAGGGCACUCAGGGCGCGCCCGGCGAGCGCUCCAGGAGGCGGCGUGCGCACAGGACGCGCGGCGGGACUCCGGCGGCUUCUCCACCUUGCGACCCCGCGCCGCCGCGCGACCAUGAGGCCGCGGCCGCAGCUCUGCGAGGCGCUGCUCUUCGCCCUGGCUCUCCAGACCGGCGUCUGCUACGGCAUCAAAUGGCUGGCGCUGUCCAGGACGCCGGCGGCCCUGGCGCUGAACCAGACGCAGCACUGCAAGCAGCUGGAGGGCCUGGUGUCCGCGCAGGUGCAGCUAUGCCGCAGCAACCUGGAGCUCAUGCACACCGUCGUGCACGCCGCCCGCGAGGUCAUGAAGGCCUGCCGCAGGGCCUUCUCGGACAUGCGCUGGAACUGCUCCUCCAUCGAGCUUGCCCCCAACUACCUGCUUGACCUGGAGAGAGGGACCCGGGAGUCCGCCUUCGUGUAUGCGCUGUCGGCGGCUGCCAUCAGCCACGCCAUCGCCCGGGCCUGCACCUCCGGCGACCUGCCCGGCUGCUCCUGCGGCCCCGUGCCAGGUGAGCCACCCGGGCCCGGGAACCGCUGGGGAGGAUGUGCGGACAACCUCAGCUACGGGCUCCUCAUGGGGGCCAAGUUUUCCGAUGCUCCUAUGAAGGUGAAAAAAACAGGAUCCCAAGCCAAUAAACUGAUGCGUCUACACAACAGUGAAGUGGGGAGACAGGCUCUGCGCGCCUCUCUGGAAAUGAAGUGUAAGUGCCACGGGGUCUCUGGCUCCUGCUCCAUCCGCACCUGCUGGAAGGGGCUGCAGGAGCUUCGGGAUGUGGCCGCUGACCUCAAGACCCGCUACCUGUCGGCCACCAAAGUCGUGCACCGCCCCAUGGGCACCCGCAAGCACCUGGUGCCCAAGGACCUGGACAUCCGGCCUGUGAAGGACUCGGAGCUCGUCUACCUGCAGAGCUCCCCCGACUUCUGCAUGAAGAACGAGAAGGUGGGCUCCCACGGGACACAGGACAGGCAGUGCAAUAAGACGUCCCACGGCAGUGACAGCUGCGACCUCAUGUGCUGUGGACGCGGCUACAACCCCUACACGGACCGCGUGGUCGAGCGGUGCCACUGCAAGUACCACUGGUGCUGCUACGUCACCUGUCGCCGGUGUGAGCGCACUGUGGAGCGCUACGUGUGCAAAUGAGGCCUGCCCGGGGGCUCAGACGGGCUCCUGGGGACCCUCGGAGGCCGGCCCGGGGCCUGGAGACGCCCGUGGGUUUUUGCUCGUGAAUUCCAGAUGCCAGGCGUGGGAGGUGGCCUGUGCUUUGCCUCCGCUUGGAAGGCACCAGGAGCAGAGGCCUGGCCGCCCUGGAGUGAGGGCCGGGACAUCAAAGGACACCGACAAGAUUAAAAAUAACCUGGCAGCCUGAGCCCCUGGAGUGCCCAUUUGCUGCUUCCAGCCUGGUCUAAGGAGCUGGGGACAUGGGUUUGGCAAGACUGGUGUGGACUCGACCUUUCACAGCCAGAGACACCGGCCUCCCGGGAAGGGCGGUCCGCCUGCCCUCCUCAGAAUGUUCUGCAGGCCUAGCCCUCAAGACCCCCGGCCCACCCCAGGGUCCGGGCCUGCUGGGCCCGCCACAUGGAACCACUAGCUUGGGUUGUAAAUGUUUUUUUGUUUUGUUUUUUUCUUCCUCUGGGAUGUGGGAGCUACAGAAAUAUUUAUAAAACAUAGCUUUGUGUUUGGGGUGGCUUGCCUCAAUUCCUCUUUAUAUAUUUUAUAUAUAUAAAUAUAUAUAUAUAUAAUGAUCUAUAUUUUAAACAA